AUGUCCGCGAUCACGAAACACAUUGCCGCCGUGGUGGGAGCGCUUCUGCUGCUUGGUUACGUGCUUUUUCGAGCGGCUCGAGCAAUCUAUUGCAUUUAUUUCCAUCCGCUCAAGAACUUUCCCGGACCUCGCGAGGCAAGGACGUCUGAUAACUGGCUGUAUCGCGUAACGAAGGAAGGGUCUCCAAAUGAGGUAAUCGAGGACCUGCAUCGAAAAUUUAACUGCAAUGCUCUCCGUAUCGCCCCGAACGAAUUACACAUAUCGGAUGCCUCGCUAUACAAGAUUGUUUACAGCCAGUCCUCACCGUUCCCCAAGUCCAGCGAUUUCUAUUCCGCUUUCAACAUUCCUCACACCCUGUUGACCGAGACGGAUGCCACCGCUCACAAAGAGCGCCGACGGAUGCUUAACAGCUUGUUUUCUCGAGUCGGAGUUCUGAAGCUCCAGCCUAUAAUCCACGAUAAGCUACGCCUACUUGGAGAUAAGAUUGAUCGACUUCAUAAAGACGGGCCUAUCAAUGUUUAUGAUGCUUUUCGUCUCCUGACAACCGAGGUGGUUAUGCAGUUUGCCUGUGCGAGAUCUGCCGACCUCAUUGGAGAAGAUGCUAACGGCUUUCACUCAUGGUUCUUGGAUGGUUUCGGCUUAGCCUCCCAGAGCAUUUUCGACAUGCAGCACAGCCCAUGGCUGCGGUUUGCCGGGAAUUUAAUGCCGCGGCCAGUUGUGCGGCUCCUUAGUAAGGAGGUUGGGAUGCUCCUAGACAUGAGAGAGUAUGCAGAAAACUCGCUGCGAUACUUCCAGCAAAGACCCGAGCUACCCGACCAUCCAGUUGUUUUUGACAACCUCCGCUCCCUUCCAGAUGUUCGUAGUAUCGACGAGGCGCAGGACAUCAUGGUUGCCGGAGCAGAUACUACGGCUUUCACACUGACUACCGGAACUAUACACAUCCUAAGCAACCCUAAAAUCUAUGAAAAGCUUGUUGAAGCGCUUGAACAAGCAAUCCCCAAGGGAGAAAGCUUCCCUCCUCUUCUAUUGCUCGAGAAAAUCGACUAUUUGAAUGCGAUUGUUAAAGAAUCUCUUCGUAUUGCAUCGGCUGUUCCUGGCAGACUGCCUAGGGUGGUCCCAGACGGCCGCCGCGAGCCGCUGAUCGUUGAUGGAAAAAUCAUCCCCCCGGGCUCAAUUGUCUCGAUUUCUGCCUAUACAAUGCACACGAAAACGGACAUUUGGGGCCCGGACGCUCGUGAGUUCAACCCAGAUCGGUGGCUUAUGCCGGAUGCGAAAGGAUUGGAUCAGUACCUUUGUUCCUUUUCUAAAGGCGCGCGCAUGUGCCUUGGUCAAAAUAUUGCGACGGUAGAGCUUACGGUUGCUUUUGCUUGGAUUUUCCGCCGCUAUCGCUUGUCUUUGCCAGAAGACUUUGAGGCCCCUGCAAAAGUGGAUAGAGUCACCAACACCUACCUUGCACCGGGCGUUAAGGUCAACAUGGUCCCACGGGUUUAA